GUAUUGUCCCGUUAAGUUACACGGGUGGUGGAGAAUCGACCUACAGGCGGUCACGAGAGUCACAGCUGGGCUCAGCAUUCCAGUCCUUUCACCGCGCGGACCAGGAGUCUCACUCAAACCAUCUUUCCCGCGGGCACGUGUGGACUACAGACGCAGCGGUAUCAAAGUGAACGAGCUGCUCAUUGACGAAGUGUCAUCUACUGCUGUUCUUGCACGUGAGCGCGUGACCCAGAGAGCUUUUGUGCGUAAAAUAAAAGCUUUUUGCAACUUUCGGAUUUCCGACGGCUUUGAGCGGUUCUCUCGGCGCGGACUCAGGAUCUCUGCGAGCUGCUCACCGGUCAGUCCGCGACCAGUGGUCCAAGGGAGAUUAUUUUCUUUUUGUCUUGAGUAGAUCUCUGCUCCACUAACGAGGUGGACAUCCCUGUUCAGGCAUGCUGGCCUCCCCCCUCCCCCAGCCUCUACCUCUGACACCAGCAGCCCCCCCAACUGACCCCCCCACACCCAGCGCCAAUGCCCCCCCUCAAGAGAUCACAGGAUCCGAUGACGAGGAGGAGGAAGAUCAAAGCCAGUAUGGAAGAGGGGGAUACUAUCCAGUCCAGAUCAGGGAGCUGUUUGUGGGACGCUACCAGGUGGUGAGGAAGCUGGGCUGGGGCCACUUCUCCACCGUGUGGCUAUGCAGGGACCUACACAGGAAGAGCUUUGUGGCUCUGAAGGUCGUGAGGAGCGCUGCAACCUUCACAGAGACGGCGCUGGACGAGAUCAAACUCCUCAAAUGUGUGCGUGAUAGUGACCCAUCUGACCACAAAAGGGACACCAUUGUGCAGCUUACUGAUGACUUCACAGCAUCUGGAAUUAAUGGAGACCAUGUGUGUAUGGUAAUGGAAGUGUUGGGGCAGCAUCUUCUGAAGUGGAUCAUCAAGUCCAACUACCGGGGCCUUCCUCUAGAAUGUGUGAGAUGUAUCCUCAGGCAGGUUUUGCAGGGCCUGGACUACUUGCACAGGAAGUGCAAGAUCAUUCACACGGACAUCAAGCCGGAGAACAUCCUGCUAAGGGUCGAUGCCGUCGACCUCCAGCAGAUGGCAGCAGAUGCAUCGCUGUGGGAGGAGCCACAUCCACCUAAGCCCAGCAGCCAAUCAGAGCCAGCAAGCCCCUCUGGGAAGACCGCCCCUUCAGGUGGCUUUGGGAAGAAAGAGAGACAGAGUGUGACUCAGUGGUUGGGGAGGAUCUCUGGUGUGUUCCAGUCACUAGGGGUUCUGACGGAGCGUCUCUCCCGGUCUCAGAGGAAGAGGAGGGGUCGGAGUGAAGCUGCCCAGGAGAGGUGCAAUGCAGGCCAGUGUCCACCAGGGGGCAGUGUCACCCUCCUGCCCACCCUCAGCAACACUCCCAGCACAGGGCCCACGCACACACACACCUCACGGAGAAACACACUCCUGGUGGACGAAGAGGAGGAUGAGGACAACACACACACUAUGGCCAGAGAUGGACCUGUGUGUGCAUCCCGCCCCCACCGCACCUCUUCAUCUCGAUUGGACCAGAGCCGAAACCCCUCCCACCCACCGACAGGCUCCGCCCUGCCUAGUCGCUCCUGCCCCGCCUCCACGGCCUACGCCGCCAUGCUGGCCUCGCUACGCCCCGCCCACACGGACCACACGGACCCCACGGAACACGCAAACACAGAACCUGCCUGCCAAGACAGCCUGUCAGUGACAACACACAAGGGUUCCGUAGAUCUGCUGAACCCAGAGGACGCUCACAGAAUCCGAAUCAAGAUCGCUGACCUGGGAAACUCCUGCUGGGUGCAUAAGCACUUCUCUGAGGACAUCCAGACGUGUCAGUAUCGCGCCAUCGAGGUUCUGAUUGGUGCAGAGUACGAUACACCUGCAGACAUAUGGAGCACUGCCUGCAUGGCGUUUGAGUUGGCCACAGGAGAGUUCUUGUUUGAGCCGUACCCAGGGAAAACCUACAGUAGAGAAGAAGAUCACAUAGCUCACAUCACAGAGCUCCUGGGGCCACUCCCUGUGGACUUUGCCUUGUCUGGACGCCGCUCACGACGCUUCUUCAACAGCAAAGGUGAGCUGCGGCGUAUCACUCGCCUGCACCCCUGGGCGCUGUGUGACCUCCUGCAGGACAAGUACGGCUGGACCCCCAGCGAUGCCCAGAGCUUCAGCCAUUUCCUGCUGCCCAUGCUGGAGCCCGUGCCAGCACACAGGGCGACCGCCCAACAGUGCCUGCAGCACCAGUGGAUCAACUCAUAAACACACACACACGCACACGCACACAUUCACACACACACACGCACGCACACAUGCACGCACACUCACAAACACACACUCACACACGCACACCCACAAACACACACACACUCACACACAUACACACACACCUUCAGCGAACGUCCCCGGAACGUCAUCUUACAGUUGUCUUGUACAACCAUCAGCAAACUUUUAGGGAACGUUCCCUGGCGGUUAUAUUAAGGAUACAUUUUUAUCCAUUUAGGCGCCACUUUUAAGCUUGUCCACGUUGUCGUUUUCGGGUCAAAUGGCCUUUUGAAUGGGAAUCCUUGGGGCACUACUAUUUUGAUACA